AUGAACAAGAUCCGAAAGUUUUUCCGAGGAAGUGGGCGAGUCUUGGCAUUUAUCUUUGUAGCUUCUGUCAUCUGGCUGCUCUUUGACAUGGCAGCUCUCCGCCUCUCAUUCAGUGAGAUCAACACCCGGGUCCUCAAGGAAGGCAUUGUCAGGAGGGAACAGAUAGGAUUCAAGAUUCAGCCAGACCAAAUGAAGAUCCUUUACAGCAGCAAAAAAGCCAUAAAGCCUCUACAGAGGAGAUAUGGGAAGGGGGAAUGGGACAAAGAGAACUUCAGAAAGAGUGAGGAGAGAGUGCUCAAAGCUGAGAAUGACUUGUACCAAACUCAGUACGAAAGAAGAAUGCCUAACGCCCUGGGAAGAGGCAAAGUUUUGCCUUUGUGGCAUCCUGCCCAUCUGCAGACUCACCCAGUUACUCUCACCAAUCAGCAGGCAGAAGAGAGAGGCAUCAAACCUGAAGUUUCCUCUCGCCAGGUGGCAACAAAGCAAGCAGCUCAGGGUGCACAGAAAACCCCUUUCAGGGCAGCCGGAGGAACUCCACAGAUCCAAACAGAGGCACACACAGAAUUUGCUGGUAUAAAACAGGAGACCCUAAAGAGUCUUAGCCUCGACACAUCGAAGCAAGUGCCCGAAAGGGACCUGAAUUUGACCACCAGCCUUAGUACUUACUGGUCAAAUCAGCAAUCAAGAGCAGUGGCCAAUGAAAGGACACACCCCGUCAGCCCACCAGUGCCAAAAUCUAGAGAAGCCAUAAUCUUAAAUAAAACCGAGACUCAGAGCAAAAAACUAAACGCAAAUAAACACAAAGUCAGUGAGGGUCUUCCUUUUUCCAAGUUCCUUGCCAGUUCCAAUCUCCUAAAGAAACACUCUAUUAAUGAGACACAGUUGGGAGGUAUGCCAAAGGAUGAUGGAACUGAAGUGGCCCCUGCAAAGACGCUCAAUUUCUCUGAAACCCGUGUUGUGAUUAUAAACAAGGGGGAGGAACUGAAGACAGAUUAUAAAGAAGUCCCCAGUCCUAAAACCAAAAGCAUGUUUCCUAAAGGACUGCAUGCAAGCCAAAGCAAACAUGCUUACAGGAGUAGAAGUCAGGCACCUUUCCCUCCACUUACUUCACAGAGAGCAACAGUGUCUCAAGCCAUGCAGACCUUAGCCACAUGGAAGGCAGCAGCAAAACUCAACUUAACUGCCAAGACCCAGACCGCAGGGGACAAUCAGAGUCAAGGAAAAGCCUUUUUACCUGAGGACAGUGGAAUGCAUCAGGUGCUGAGAAUCGAUGUGACACUUUCUCCGAGGGACCCCCAAGCCCCAGGUCAAUUUGGACGUCCUGUAGUUGUUCCCCAAGGAAAGGAGCAAGAAGCCAAAAGAAGAUGGAAAGAAGGAAAUUUCAAUGUCUACCUCAGUGAUUUGAUCCCAGUAGACAGAGCCAUUGAAGACACAAGACCAGCUGGGUGUGCAGAGCAGCUCAUUCACAACAACCUCCCAACAACCAGUGUCAUCAUGUGCUUUGUGGAUGAGGUGUGGUCCACUCUCCUGAGGUCUGUCCACAGCAUCCUCAACCGCUCUCCUCCUCACCUCAUCAAGGAGAUUCUGCUGGUGGAUGACUUUAGCACAAAAGAUUACCUAAAAGAUAAUUUGGACAAAUACAUGUCUCAGUUUCCAAAGGUUCGGAUUCUUCGCCUUAAGGAGAGACAUGGCUUAAUAAGAGCCAGGCUGGCAGGGGCACAAAAAGCAACAGGUGAUGUGCUAACAUUCUUAGACUCUCAUGUGGAAUGUAAUGUUGGGUGGUUGGAACCACUUCUGGAAAGAGUAUAUUUAAGUAGAAAGAAAGUGGCCUGUCCUGUAAUUGAAGUCAUCAAUGACAAAGACAUGAGUUACAUGACCGUGGACAACUUUCAAAGAGGCAUCUUUUUGUGGCCCAUGAACUUUGGUUGGAGAACAAUCCCUCCAGAUGUUGUUGCAAAAAACAAAAUUAAAGAAACUGAUAUAAUAAGGUGUCCUGUAAUGGCAGGUGGAUUAUUUUCUAUUGAUAGAAAUUAUUUUUUUGAACUUGGAACAUAUGACCCUGGACUUGAUGUCUGGGGUGGAGAAAAUAUGGAGCUUUCCUUCAAGGUAUGGAUGUGUGGAGGUGAAAUUGAGAUCAUCCCCUGCUCUCGUGUGGGCCACAUCUUCAGAAAUGACAACCCAUACUCCUUCCCCAAAGACCGGAUAAAGACAGUGGAACGUAACUUGGUGCGAGUGGCUGAAGUCUGGCUGGAUGAGUACAAGGAGCUCUUCUAUGGCCAUGGUGAUCAUCUCAUAGAGCAAGAGUUAGAUGUCGGCAAUCUCACCCAGCAAAGGGAACUUCGGAGGAAACUGAAAUGCAAAAGUUUCAAGUGGUAUUUGGAGAAUGUCUUUCCUGAUUUAAAGGCUCCCAUUGUUAGAGCCAGCGGUGUGCUUAUUAAUGUGGCCUCAGGAAAAUGCAUCUGCAUUGAAAACACCACAGCCAUUCUGGAAGACUGUGAUGGGAGCAGCAAGUUUCAACAAUUUAAUUACACUUGGUUAAGAUUUAUCAAGCAUGGAGAAUGGUGUCUGAGUUCCAUUCCUGACAAAGGAAUCCUAAACCUGAACCUUUGCAAUAAUAAAAACAAAGGGAUAAAAUGGCUGCAUAAAUCAACAUCAGCCUUUCACCCAAAACUGAUGGAUCACAUUGUUUUUGAUAACUAUCAUCAGUUGUUAUGCUUGGAAGCAAAUGUUUCUCAGAAGACCCUGAAUGUAGCUGCUUGUGAUGCAAAGAAGCCACAACAAAAGUGGAAAUUUGAAAAGUAUUUUGAAGAGUGA